AUGGAAAUGCAAAGUGACUUCGAUCGACUUUUCUUCUUCGAGCACACUCGCAAAACAUCCGAGGCUACAUAUGCAAAAAAUCCACUCGAUGCCGGGAACAUCAUAAAAUGGGGAGAGGCGUUGGUAGAGUUGUCACAGUUCCAGAAUGUUACCGAUUCGAAGAAAAUGCUGCAAGAUGGGAUAUCCAAGUUUGAGGAGGCAUUGAUGGUUGAUCCAAAAAAGCAUGAUGCACUUUGGUCCUUGGGGAAUGCACAUACUUCUUUUGCGUUUCUGACUCCUGAUCAAGAUGAGGCCAAGGCUUACUUUGACAAGGCAUCUCAAUACUUUGAGCAAGCAGUUGAUGAGGAUCCGGGGAAUGAUCUUUACCGCAAAUCUUUAGAAGUGGCUGCUAAGGUAAUAUUUUCUUACAGUUCUUAUGCUCUUCGUGAUUAUUAUGGCAUUGAUAAUAAAGGCAGAUCUUCCUGACGUAAAAGCAACUUUCAUCUGAAGUUUGGAGAGUUUGAUACAAGUUUUUUCUUUAAGAUGGUUAGGAAAUUAUUGGUUAAUCCUAUAGGCACAUUAUUACUGAUUGACAGUGUGUUUGGUUUAAAUUUGGUUUACAGAGGUGAAGAAAGGCUGCAAUUCUCUGCCAUGAGUUGUCAAAGUGUUGAUUUGUCUGUUAUUUAUCUGCUUGAGUGCUUGUUAUCUAUGAUCCAUUUAUAUGUUUAGCUCGUGGAAUCAUCUUUGAUUAUUCAAAAAACUAAGAUAUAAGGUGUGAAAAUCUGAUUGUGGGAUUUUUCUGGGUUAUACUGGCUAGUUUAGUACAUCGAAGUGGCUAGUGUAUGAAUGAUUUGUACUGUUGUAAUAAUUUCACACCCUUUUUAUGUACACUGUUGUAAUAUGGCUGUCUUUACCUUAAUUGUUCUGGGGAAGGCAGCUUUGAAUUUGCUUGUUCUCUUGGUUUGAGUUGAGUAGCCCAUAUUUUGGCUGAGUUAGGUUGAAUCAAAUGGAUGCUGGUUCAAUACUACUUGGAGCUUUGACAGAAAACUAUGAAGCACGGAUAUUUUGUUGAGGUUGACGUACCCGUAUCGGAUAUGAUACUCGUUGGAUACUCGAAGAUAUGCAUCAGAUACACUUUCUACGUAUCCGAUAAUAAUUAAAUAUUAGGAUAUUUCACAAAUACUUUUGUAGUAGAGCAAUAUAUAUAAUUUUUUAGUUGAACUUUUUUCAUCUCUUUUCGAAUUCACAUACCAUACAAUAUAUUAACAAAAAAAUCAUAUUACUUCAAAGAAACAUAAGUGUUUUUAAAGUAUUAUCUAUAAUUACAUGUCAAAAGAGCAUAAAAUAAAGUUAUUACUUUAUAAUUUUAACAAAAAUUACUUCUAAAUACUAGGUAAAUAUUAGUUUUAAUUCUUUUAAUUAGUUAUUUCAUUUUGUGAAUAUACCACAGCGACAUGAUAUAUAUUUUCUUAAAACUAAAAAGAAUUACUAAUUUUUUUUAUUAUAUGUUAAAAAACUACCAAAAUAUAUAAGUGUUAAGUUGGUUGAAAAUAAUAAAAAUAUUAAAUAUAUUUUAUGAUAGUCAUAUCUUGGCCGUACUCGUAUCCUAAU